AUGACUUUCGAAAUGUUGUGAUGACGUAGUGCUCACCUCCCCCGUCGUGCGCAUUAAGUUGGAAGCGUGCACGGCGCCGUGCUGAAGGCAUGUGGGCAGUGUCUGAGCCGCACCAGUGUGGGUCGCGGCGCGCUAUGACCGGCAACUUGUAGCAGCUGUGAGCGAUCGCGUGCAGAGAGACAAAAUGGGGAUGGGCAGCGAAGAUCUGCUGGUGACACUCCAAAUAUUACCUGGUUUCUUUUCCAACUGCCUCUUCCUGGCGCUGUACGAUUCCAUGGUGCUGGUGAAGCGCAUUGUUUCGCUUUUAAGUUGCUCCAGUUCCGCCGGCUCGGGAGAGUGGCGUCGCAUGUUGACAACGGCUGGGCUCCGCUCCAUCUGGAACAGUUUCUUGCUGGACGCUUACAAAAAGGUCAAACUUGGCUGUGAGGCGCCUAACUCCAAAGUGGUGAAGGUUUCGGCUAGUCCUCGGUGGAGCAAAAAGGUUACGCCGACACCUGAUGAGCAACAUAGUGCGCGGGUCCGAAAUCGAGAUGAAUGCCGCCUCCUGGAUUUUGAGUCGUCAGAUCGCCCUCUGGUGGUCAACUUUGGUUCAGCCACAUGACCCCCGUUCGUCAGCCACCUGCCGGCUUUCCGGCAGUUGGUGGAAGACUUCAGUGAUGUUGCUGAUUUUCUGCUGGUGUACAUUGACGAGGCUCAUCCAUCUGACGGCUGGGUGGCCCCACCUAUGGGCUCUUGCUCUUUCGAUGUGCGCAAGCAUCAGAGUUUAGAAGAGAGGCUGGGAGCGGCGCGCAAGCUGAUUGAUCACUUUUCUCUGCCCCCGCAGUGUCAGCUGGUCGCUGACUGUAUGGACAACAAUGCUAAUGUGGCUUACGGUGUGUCUAACGAACGCGUGUGUAUCGUACAACACAGAAAGGUUAGCUAUUUGGGGGGCAAGGGGCCUUUUUUUUACAAUCUGAAGGAGGUGCGGCAGUGGCUGGAACAGAGUUAUGGUAAACGAUAGAAGUUAUCAAAAGCAGGUGAAGAAGAGGAACUACAGUAUCCUGCUUUUUUUUUUUGCUCCUUAAGAUAACCUUGGUUUUUCUCAGUGUCUGAAACAUGACAAAUAACGAACUGACUGAAAAAAAACUUUCAACGCUUCGUCGUGCCGAUAACGAAAACUGUUCUCUGCUGCCACAAGUCCUGUUGAUUCCUGAAAUUGAAGAGAGAGAAAUAACUUUAGUUUGUACAGCUGAUUAAGGAGGUUGUGUUGGUCUUUAAAUGUGUUUUUCCACGAUAAUUCAUUGUAAUAAUUCAUGCAUACUUUUAUGUGGGCCUUUCUUAGCUAUAUGCCCAUUCAUACACAAGGUCUUGGCCAAAAUUGUCAACUCGUUAAACUGCACUCAGUUUUUUCCAGACUAAUUCAGACCAUGACUGGGUUUUCUGACAAUGUCAAAUUGAAAAGUUAUUGUUCUGCAAAAUUAAAAAAAAAAAAACACUCUAAAGUGAUGUAACAUUUCUGCAAAAAAAAAAAGUGUCCUCCAAAUCAGUAUUUGGCAAACUUCCUUGGUUGG